CGCGCGAACGCGGGCGGACGGUCGGACCGUGGCGUCGCUCCGCUCGUUCUGUCCGACUCCUGCGGGGGGUUUAAAGCCCCGGAUUUUGUGUCCAGUCCUCCGUCCUCCGGGCCCGGAUCGCUUGCUCUCCUAGUUCCCGCCGGGUUUUGCGCCUCCGUCGGACCGAACCCGAACCCGAACCCGAAGCCGAAGCCAAAACGCGGAUGCUGCUGACAGACGCCGCGGACGCGCGGCGGCGGACCGCGCGCACGGCCCCGCAGUAGCGCGAGAAGGAUGCGCGCGACGCGAGCGUCUGCGUGGAACAGCCGGCGGUCCCAGGAGAACGCAGGUUCAAACCCCCCAUCCCGCGGAGCUCAGUCCCGGCACGUCCCCUAGAAGCGCGCCCCUCCUGCUCAUUCGCGAAGCGCGGGGUGGGCGGGGCAAAUCCCGGAACUGUCGGCUCCGUUCCGACCGGAUAACCGUUGAGCUCGCCCCGCGUUCCCGUGUGCGGCCGUUACCAUGACGACCUCGGCUCUACGGCGGCAGGUGAAGAACAUCGUGCACAACUACUCGGAGGCGGAGAUCAAGGUGCGCGAGGCGACCUCCAACGACCCCUGGGGCCCGUCCAGCUCGCUCAUGUCCGAGAUCUCGGACCUCACCUUCAACGUGGUGGCCUUCGCCGAGGUCAUGGGCAUGAUCUGGAAGCGGCUCAACGACCACGGCAAGAACUGGCGGCACGUGUACAAGGCGCUCACGCUGCUCGACUACCUGGUGAAGACGGGCUCGGAGCGCGUGGCCCAGCAGUGCCGCGAGAACGCCUUCACCAUCCAGACGCUGCGCGACUUCCAGUACGUGGACCGCGACGGCAAGGACCAGGGCGUGAACGUGCGCGAGAAGGCCAAGCAGCUCGUGAGCCUCAUGCGGGACGACGAGCGGCUGCGGGCGGAACGCGCCCAGGCGCUCAAGACCAAGGAGCGCAUGGCGGGCGCCUGCUCGGGUAUGGGCUCCGGCUCGGCCGCGCUGCCGCCCUCGUACCCGGGCCGGCGCACCAGCCAGCCCAGCAUGGCCGCCCUCUACGGGGAGGAGUUCAGCCGCUCGCGGGGCUCCCCGUCCUCCUUCAACUCAUCCUCAUCCUCCCCCCGCGUGCCCUCUGACCUGGAGCAGGCCCGCCCCCAGACCAGCGGGGAGGAGGAGCUUCAGCUGCAGCUGGCUUUGGCCAUGAGCCGCGAGGAGAGCGAGAAGCCAGCACCGCCCCCGCCUGUUGCCUUGGAGAUGGACGAAGACACACAGCUGCAGAUUGCGCUGAGUCUGAGCAGAGAGGAGCACGAGCAGGAGCAGCGCAGUCGUCAAGGAGACGAGUCGAUGCUGCAGAAGGUGCUGGAAGAGAGUCGGCGGGAGAGCGAGUCGGGCGCUGGGGAGUCGGCCAUGAGGGACCUUGUGGAUAUUUUUGGGUCGGCCCCCGAGGCGCCUGCUAAUGACGACCCCUGGGAAGUCCAGCCAUCAAAUCUGGUGACCUCUGACCCCUGGGACUCUGUAGUGGUCGCUCGCUCCAGCACCCCUGUGAUUGGCAGUCCGUGGAUGGCACCUCCCACAUGUAGCAGUCCCGCCCAUCCCUGGGGCCCCUCGCACUCUCCUCCGGAUCCCUGGAGGGACCUGCCCGUAGAGCCCAGCCCCAAUCCCGGCAGCCAGGCCUGGAGCUCCCCUGCUGAUGCCGGGGCCCCUGGAGUGGACCCCUUCUCUGCUCCAGCGGAGGGCUUCAAAGAGACUGAAGGCCCCCCGCAACUCUUCACCCCUCGCUCCGGAAGCCCUGCAGACACGGACCCCUUCGGCGAGCGGGUCUCUGGGGGGCAGGUGAACGGGCGCGCGGGGGGCAGCCCAGAGCUCUUCGACCUGUCCCGCCUCGGCGAGACGCUGAGCGUGCCGAGCCCCCGCGCCUGCCGCACGCCCGAGGCCUUCCUGGGACCGACGGCGGCUUCGCUGGUCAACCUGGACACCCUGAUUCCCUCCAACCCCCCAGCGAAGAGCAAGAACCCCUUCCUGUCAGCACUGAGCGCCCCGUCGCCCACGAACCCGUUCCACAGCGACCAGCCCCGUCUGACCCUCAACCAGAUGCGGCCCAACUCGACGUCCCCGCUGCCCCCCGCCGCCCUGCCCUACAGCGCCUCCCUGCCGCUGCCGCUGAGCCACCAGUCGCCGGCGCUGCCCUCCUCCUUGACCGCCGCCCCCCCCGGCCUCCUUGACCUGCCCGGGAACCUGCCGCAGCCCCUGCUGCCUCUCUCCUCCGCGGCGCCGCCCAGGGGCCUCGGGGACCACGGCAGUCAGAACCCUUUCUUGUGAGGCCGAGCCCCCCCCUCGAUGCGCCCUCUUGUGGACGGCAGCAGUCACUGCAGCGUUGGGAGAGGAGCGGGACCUGGGAAUUAGCGCUUCGUUUGGUCCCCUGGGCUGCCUGCGGUGUGUGUGUGUGUGUGUGUGUGUGUGUGUGUGUGGCGGGGGGGUCGGGGGUCCGUUGCCUGACUUGCCCACAGCCCCUCUCUGUGUAGUGUGGGGGGGACAGACAGAUGAGGACAAAGAUAGUUAAGGAACCAACUGCUUGCUUCACACACCAGAGCUGCUGCAUGACUCAGUAUAACACCCCCCCGGUGCGUUAACCGUCGGAUUGGUCCAGCUGCGGUCGCUGUUGGUCCCUCGCUGUCAGAACCACAGGUGGAGCAGAACCCAGGACCAGCUUGCCGAAGAGUCUCGCUGACGACCCACAAUGCACUGGGAGGUGGAGGACCAACAAGUACGAAUUAUGAGGUGAAUGAUGAGGUACUUUUACCACGAGCUGCUGCCGUCCCUGUUUUCGUUUUGCUGAGCUGAGAGAAUAUUUAGCUGGUAGGGUUCAGCGUGAUGAGGUAAA